AUUCCAGUCUCCGCGAACAAUCGGCCCUCAGUUAUUUAUGAGCAGCGCUUUCUCUCUCUCCCGACUCAGUCUGUUGUGAAAGCUUCUCAGAGACGCACACCGUAGCAGUGCACUCUCUCAGCGGAACGUAGUAUACUCAGGAUACGAAUUUAUACUUUCCAGUUAUAGGAAGUUCUAUUAGGAUUACAUUACGUUUAAAAGAAAUAUAAACGAUAUAGACCUACGGCGUCCACAACUUGUUUCCGUGAUGACAAUGUAAAUAGAUCUGUGGUUAACUAAUAAUCCAAACCACCAAAGUUCAACACAGCACAUUCACUUAUAUAUUCUCUGAUUGACUGAGAUGAGAACUGCUGAGGAGUCCUCUGGCACGGUUCUACACCGUCUAAUCCAGGAGCAGCUCCGUUACGGGAACCCCACAGACACCCGAACCCUCCUGGCCAUCCAGCAGCAGGCCCUGCGUGGAGGCAGCAACAGCAGCGGAGGAGGCGGUACCGGAUCACCCCGCUCCUCUCUGGAGAGCCUGACCCAGGAAGAGUCCCAGUUCAUCCACAUGUCCACCAGACAGGACCCCCAGGGUCAGGAGUACCAGGGGGACUACAAACACUGUGAGAGUGACUCCGUGUGUCACCUCUACCAGCUCCACAGACACGGAGAGGAGCUUCCCACCUAUGAGGAGGCCAAGGCCCACUCUCAGUAUCUGGCCUCGGUAGGAGUCCAGCGGGGUCAGGGGCUUGAGGUGAUGGAUCACCAGGGAGGGGGCCAGUGGGAUUUGAAACGGGAGCACGCCCGCUCCCUCAGUGAACGGCUCAUGCAGCUCUCCCUGGAGAGGAACGGUGGAUCAUGUGGAUCCAGAGACAGUCUGCCCCUCAGCUCAACACAGAGUUACCCACAGCUUUCCAAUGGCCACUGUGGGCCUGUUGACCACCAGGGACCAGAGUCUCUCCAGUACCCCGAUCAGAGGGGACCUCCCCCGGACUACUACCCCUUCCUGGUCAAGCCUCCUGGAUACAUGCUCAGCCACUCACAGGAGACACACGGACACUACCACCAGGAACCUCCUCCCCCAUUCCACUCCCAGCACAGGUAUGAACCUGCCCAGAUGAUUCGCCACAGUGUCCAUUCUGGUCCAGAGGUCUACAUGAGCCACGCCAACCCCAGUACCCACAACAACAGUGCCCAGAUGGACCUGUUGAGGGAAAAUGAGAGACUGAGGAAAGAGCUGGAGGGGUACAGCGAGAAGGCUGCCAGACUGCAGAAGCUGGAAGUAGAGAUCCAGAGGAUAUCUGAGGCCUACGAGACCCUGAUGAAGGGCUCAGCCAAGAGAGAGACCCUGGAAAAAACCAUGAGGAACAAACUGGAGUCAGAGAUCAAGAGACUACACGACUUCAACAGAGACCUCAGAGAUCGUCUGGACACUGCUACAAAACAGCGAGUAACCAAAGAUGUUGAAUCUGCCAACCAGAAGCAGCAGGUGUUCGCCAAGCUCCUCGAACACAAUGAGGAACAGCAGCGGGAGGUGCAGCGUCUGCGUGGUUCCGGGGAGGAGUGGCUUCGGCGCCGGGAGGUUCUGGAGCUGGCCCUGGGGUCGGCACAGACCCGUAACCUGGCCCUGGAGGAGGAGCUUAGAAGGAAGAAGGCGUACGUAGAGAAGGUAGAGCGGCUGCAAAGUGCCCUGGGCCAGCUACAGGCAGCCUGUGAGAAGAGAGAGGCCCUGGAACUGAGGCUGAGGACCAGGCUGGAGCAGGAGCUGAAGAGCAUCCGAUCAGCACAGUGUCAGUCCCACAGCACGGCUAGCGGUCCUGGCUCCCUGCCCUCUGAUCUGAGCUCCAUGGUGUCUGUACAGCAGCAGCAGCUGGCUGAGAGAGAAGAGAGGAUCCUGGCUCUGGAGGCUGACAUCACACACUGGGAACAGAAGUACCUGGAGGAGAGCACCAUGAGGCAGUUUGCUAUGGACGCAGCCGCCACCGCUGCAGCUCAGAGAGACAGCAGCGUCAUCAAACACUCGCCUCGUCACUCACCCAACAACAGCUUCAACGACCACCUGCCAUUCAGCCACAGACAUCGGGAGAUGGAGAACAGAAUCCGAGCGCUGCACUCCCAGCUCCUGGAGAAGGAUGCCGUGAUCAGGGUGUUACAGCAACGGACUGGACCAGAGCAGCAGGCCCUCCUCCGCCCUGCCAGGUCCGUCCCCUCCAUCAGCACCGCUGCCAACGCCUCAACAUCCACCUCCUUCAAUGGCCCGGUGGAGCGACCCAUCUGGGGAAAAGGAAAGAGCCUCUCUGAUGACCAGACGGCUGCUGCAGUGUCUCCUCUGUCCCGAUCCCCCCACCAACACCCCCGCGCCCCCCUGGCCCUGCCUCUCCCCUACUCCGAGCCCCAGAGAAGGGACCACAGCAGCCAGUGUGAUAGUGAUGUCCCAGCCCAAAAGGCUGACCUCACAGUGGAUCCCCCCAGCAGUUCAGACACUGCAGCAGGCGUAGUAGAAAUCCUUAUUUAACAAACGUUGAACUGUGGAUGGACAGUGAAAACACGGUCGAUGACCGAGACAACUUCCUGUCCUGCAUAUCCCACCCAGAGAGAAGAAGACAGCCUGCCUGUCUGUCUGUUUCUGGCCAGACUGGCCUCCAGAUGAACAGAAGGACACUUCCUUUGAAGACAGAGGGACAGUUUGGAGACGGACAUGGACAUGUGCUUCCUACCUACCCACCUUCCUACCUACCUUCCUUGCUUCCUACCUACCUUCCUUCCAUCUUACCUAUCUUCAUACUGUACCUUCCUUCCUACCUACCUACCCACCCACCUACCUUCCUUCCUUCCUACCUUCCUUCCUUCCUUCCUUCCUACCUGAGAAAAGAAUCCAGAAGCAUCAGGAAGUGUGUAGCAGACAGAGAGGAGAGCUCUGCUCCACUUGACUGUUUCUCUCUCUGCACUUAGAAAAGUGAAGAAGAAUUGAAUUGGCCGUGUUCUCUAGUUAGUGGACCAGCCAGGGGCAACUACCCCAGUCUCCAUCUGAAGCCUCCAAGGUACUCAGACAAGGCUUCUGCAUUGCUGCACAACCUGAGAUAUCAAUCAAACUGCGUUUUGUAUUAUAUUUGUAUGUAGUUGGUGUUUUAUUGUGAUAUAUUCUUGUUUAAGUGCUGCUCGUAGUGUGACGUGAUGUGUUUGUGUGAAGAGUUGUGUGUUGUUUGGCCUUUAUGAAAGCUGUCUGUCUGUCAUUCUCCACCCCUUGCUGGUCUAUACACUUCUAUUCAUACUGCAUAUCUGUUUCCGUCAUGGACAGACAGUGUGUCAGCUACUUUGAGCUCAGCAUGCCAAGUCAAACAUUCCUGGAAAAAAAACUACAUCACUAUCCCACGGCUACUUUUAGCUUGUUCUAUGAUUACACAUAUCCUUCCUAUUAUGUUGUAACGCUAAUAUACAUGCUUGGUGAAGACAGUUGUAAGAGUAAUCUCUCCUCCUCUUCCUCCUCCGAUGUCCUUGGAUGAGUGGUCCAUUUCACAGUGUGCUUGAGUACCGUAAAUACCAAACGAACCCAACUUCUGCAUUCCCAAGCCUAAAUUAAACUAUGCAGUUGGCACUCUCCUCUCCCUACAUAUCACAGCCUGUAUGGUGAGGCCCCGCACCCCCCCCCCCCCCCCCAGCUUUACCACUGGAAUGGGCCUUGUUUAGAUUGGAGGGUGGGGUAACGGUGGAUGUCUGACCUGACUGUUCUUCCUCUUUGAGAAACAGAGGACGAGGAAGAGGGGAGGUUGCCGUUCACACCACUGGGCCCGAUGUCUGAGAUGCCCAGGCUGUGUCCCAAAUAGCAUCCCUAUUCCCCAUGUAGUGCCCUGGUUAUAAUUAGUGCCCUAUAGAGGGCAGGGAUCAUCAACUAGAUUCAGCCGCAGGCCGAUUUUCUUCUUGAGCGGAUGGUCAGGGGAGGGCCGCAACAUAAUAACAGAUUAUUUGUAGAUUGCAAAUUGACUGCAAUAACCCCCCCCCCCCGAUUGAUUAUAACAUGAUCAUUUUAUAAACCUUGCUUACAUUAGUAUAGAUCAGAUAUAUAUCUCUAUUAUGCGGGGGGUGUACUUUGGAACAGAUUAACCAAAUUAAAAUCACUUGGAGCUGAUUUUGCUGUUGUUUUUUUUAUACUGUCUAUAAUGUUCAACAAUUAAAACAUAAUUGGAGAACCCUGACGAUAUAGGGAAUAAGAUGACAUUUGGAACACAGCCGGGUUAUUGUUUUGGGUCCCAGACAGUCGAUACCCAGAAUGCCGCUGUCCCACCACCCUCUGCUGACAAGCCGGGCUAAUCGACUGACGUUCCUUCCCUGAUGGAAUGCUCCCACUCUCCCACUCGGAUCCGAGAAUUAGGCUAUCUAGAGUCUGACCCUUCACCCUGUUUUAACAUGGCAUAACAUUCUGAGGAUUCUAGUCUCUUUUUCAGUCUAUUCAUUUCUGGCUUCUACCAGGAGCAUCUGAGCGUCUUCUAAAUCCGUUGAGUAGUUAUAUCCAGAAACAGAUCUGUGGAGACAGAGAGCUAGCCAUAUCUGCCUUGCAUCUGCCAGUCUAUUUGUUGAUCGUGCUAAAUAAACCCCCCAGUGUUAUUUUGAAGUGUGCUGUUUUUCCCCCUCCUUGCUUGAGGAUCUCACAUGUCUGAGGUCUGAAUGUCUUUUUACAUGUGUUGUAUGUGUCCCCUAAUUUAAACUUCAGCCUGCAUCUAAUUGGGAUGGUGACAUGUGUUGAUACCAGUUAGUUCUAUCUCUCUCUGUGUGUGUGUGUGUGUGUCAGAGCAGGAAUCUAAAUUAUUGUUUUUGACUGGAAUGUGAGACGAGUGUUGUAUUCGAACUCUACAGUCCUUCACCAUCUUCAAAUUAUACUUAUUUUCUUCUUUCUCUCACAGUGCAUUUGCUGGUCAUAUGCUCUGUUUCAGAACCAUUUGCUGGUCAUAUGCUCUGUGUCAGAACCAUUUGCUGGUCAUAUGCUCUGUAUCAGAACCAUUUGCUGGUCAUAUGCUCUGUGUCAGAACCAUUUUCUGGCCAUAUGCUCUGUGUCAGAACCAUUUGCUGGUCAUAUGCUCUGUGUCAGAACCAUUUGCUGGUCAUAUGCUCUGUGUCAGAACCAUUUGCUGGUCAUAUGCUCUGUGUCAGAACCAUUUGCUGGCCAUAUGCUCUGUGUCAGAACCAUUUGCUGGUCAUAUGCUCUGUGUCAGAACCAUUUGCUGGUCAUAUGCUCUGUGUCAGAACCAUUUGCUGGCCAUAUGCUCUGUGUCAGAACCAUUUGCUGGUCAUAUGCUCUGUGUCAACCAUUUGCUGGUCAUAUGCUCUGUGUCAGAACCAUUUGCUGGCCAUAUGCUCUGUGUCAGAACCAUUUGCUGGUCAUAUGCUCUGUGUCAGAACCAUUUGCUGGUCAUAUGCUCUGUGUCAGACCCAUUUGCUGGUCAUAUGCUCUGUGUCAGAACCAUUUGCUGGCCAUAUGCUCUGUAUCAGAACCAUUUGCUGGUCAUAUGCUCUGUGUCAGAACCAUUUGCUGGUCAUAUGCUCUGUAUCAGAACCAUUUGCUGGUCAUAUGCUCUGUAUCAGAACCAUUUGCUGGUCAUAUGCUCUGUAUCAGAACCAUUUGCUGGUCAUAUGCUCUGUAUCAGAACCAUUUGCUGGUCAUAUGCUCUGUGUCAGAACCAUUUGCUUGUUGAUACCCUUUUCACUAUAAAUUGGACUCUGUUUACAUAAAGUUGUCAUUUUGAACUGAGAAAAGAAGUUAAUAUAUUUUCUAUAUUAUUUCAUUUUUAGUAUUUUAUUGAUGUGAAAAAAAUGAUGCCAAAGAUUUGUUCUAACAUGAGCCUAUAUAAACCAACCUGUAUGGCUCGUUGAACCCUUUAUGUUGCUGUGGAGAACUUUUCUAUGCCAUUAACAUUUCAAUAAUGGAAUAAAAACAGUAAUAUAUAUCGUUAAAA